AUGCGGAAGGAUGCACCAGGGACUGUGGGCGCUAAUCAGGUUAGGUCGAGCGAUGAAGCGACCGUGAACGGGACGUCCGAUGCCGAGAAGGCACCGGUGGCUGCGCCGCCUCCCAAGCCGGCCGGUGACGCCCAGCUCGUCACCGGCGUCAAGCUGUGGUUCAUGUUGAUUAGCAUCUACCUGGCAUGUUUCUUGAUGGUUUUAGACACAACAGUCGUCAGCACGGCCGUUCCUCAAAUCACGGACGAAUUCAACUCCCUCCAUGAUGUGGGCUGGUACGGCAGCGCCUACUAUCUUGGCUGUGCCACCGUCGCACCCUUGACGGGCAAGAUCUAUCGCCAUUUCAAUCUCAAAUGGUCAUUUCUUGCUCUCUUUCUGGUGUUCGAGAUCGGUUCCGCCCUUUGCGGAGCCGCUCAGUCGUCUCCCAUGCUCAUCGGCGGCAGGGCCGUCGCGGGCGUGGGUGCGGCUGGCCUCUUGAAUGGCGCCAUGACCAUCGUGUCGUCCUCCGCGCCCCCUCCAAAGCGUCCCAUUGCUCAACUCGGUAAUAUUGCUGGACCACUCGUCGGCGGAGCGUUUACGACUGGCUACACCUGGAGAUGGAGCUUCUACAUCAACCUUCCCCUCGGCGUCAUUGUGGGGAUCCCUCUGAUCUUCCUGCGCAUCGCCGAACAAGCCCCCAAGGAUCCCUUUUUCAAAGUCAUUUCCCGGCUGCACCACUACCUCGACCUCGUCGGCUUUGCGCUGUUUGCCGGCGCCGUCGCCCAGCUUCUGCUGGCCCUGCAGUUCGGCGGCAACCAGUUCGCCUGGAACUCGUCGCAAGUCAUUGGUCUCUUUUGCGGGGCCGGCGUGACCGGGCUGGUCUGGCUGGCCUGGGACUGGCACAAGGGCGAUGCGGCGCUGCUGCCCAUCUCCAUGCUCAAACGGCAGGCUGUGUGGACCAGCACGAUCAACUACUCAUUCCUCAUGUCCACUCUCUUCGGAGCCUCUUACUUCCUGCCUAUCUACUUCCAGGCCGUCAAGGGCGUCAAUGCUGCGCUGAGUGGUGUCUAUCUCUUGCCCACCAUCAUCUCUCAGCUUAUCUCAACUGUCUUGUCUGGUAAACUACUCUCCAAGCUAGGCUACGUGCCGCCCUUUGCGAUCUAUGCCGCCACUCUUUCGGCCAUUGGAAGCGGACUCUACUCUCUCUUCCAGCCUGACACGUCAACCGGAAAAUGGAUCGGCUUCCAGAUCCUCACCGGCGCUGGCCGCGGUGCCGGGUUCCAAAUGCCGUUCAUCGCCGUGCAGAAUGCUGUCACCUUUGCCGAGCUGGCUACCGCGAACGCCUUCGUCGUGUGGGCGCAAUACAUUGGUCCGACCAUCUUCCUCACGCUCUGCAACACGAUCCUCCAGACCAGCUUGGAGUCCGAGCUGCCGGCGCAUGCGCCGAACGCCAACGCCACCGCCAUUAUUGCCGCGGGCGCUACCAAUUUCCGCGCCUUCGUGUCAGCUCAGGACCUUCCGGGCGUCUUGGUAGCCUAUUCCAAUUCAGUGGAUCACGUCUUCUACCUCGUCGCCGCUGCCGGUGUUGUGGCCUGGCUUGCAGCCUGGGGUAUGGGGUGGAACGAUAUUCGCAAAAAGAACCAGCCGCCACCCAAGCCCCAGGAACAGACUCAGCCUGCCGCGAAAGAAGGGGAUGUUGAGGGAAAGGAGGACCCCUGA